GAGCCGCUCCGUGCUCUGUGCCGCGGCGGCAGCAGCAGCGAUGGAGGCGGUGGCACUGAGCGGGCUGGCCCUGGCCCUGGCCGUGGCGCUGCCCUGCGUGGCCCUGGAGAACGGGCUGGCGCGCACUCCCCCCAUGGGCUGGAUGUCCUGGGAGAGGUUCCGCUGCAACGUGGACUGCCAGGCGGAUCCCCACAACUGCAUCAGCGAGCAGCUCUUCUUCGAGAUGGCAGACCGGCUGGCAGAGGAUGGCUGGAGGGAGCUGGGCUACGAGUACAUCAACAUGGACGACUGCUGGUCUGCCAAGCAGCGGGAUGCGGCCGGACAGCUGGUUCCCGACCCCAAGAGAUUUCCCAGCGGAAUUAAGGCUCUGGCUGACUAUGUCCAUGCCAGGGGCCUGAAGCUGGGCAUUUAUGGUGACCUGGGCGUCUUCACCUGUGGGGGCUACCCAGGCACUACGUUGGAAAAUGUGAAGCAGGAUGCCCAGACCUUUGCAGCGUGGGGUGUAGACAUGCUGAAGCUGGAUGGGUGCUACUCGUCCGCAGAGGAGCAGGCAAAGGGAUACCCAGAAAUGGCGAGGGCCUUGAACGCCACAGGCCGCCCCAUUGUCUACUCCUGCAGCUGGCCAGCAUAUCAGGGGGGUCUUCCCCCCAAGGUGAACUACACCAUCCUGGCAGAGAUCUGCAACCUGUGGCGUAACUAUGACGACAUCCAGGACUCCUGGGAGAGUGUCCUUUCCAUCGUGGACUGGUUCUUCACAAACCAGGACGUCUUGCAGCCGGCAGCUGGCCCUGGCCACUGGAAUGACCCGGACAUGCUCAUCAUUGGAAACUUUGGCCUUAGCUUCGAGCAGUCACGCUCCCAAAUGGCUCUGUGGACAGUGAUGGCAGCUCCGCUCCUCAUGUCCACGGAUCUCCGCACCAUCUCCCCCAGUGCCAAGGAGAUCCUGCAGAACCGCCUGAUGAUCCAGAUCAACCAGGACCCCCUGGGAAUCCAGGGGCGCAGGAUUGUCAAGGAGAAAUCCCAGAUCGAGGUGUUUCUGCGCCCACUGUCGCAGGCUGCCAGCGCCCUUGUGUUCUUCAGCCGCAGGACAGACAUGCCCUUCCGCUACACCACCAGCCUGGCCAAGCUCCACUUCCCUGAGGAUGCUGUGUAUGAGGUACAAGACGUGUAUGUUGGGAAGAUCGUUGGGGCCUUAAGAACAGCAGACAACUUCUCAGUGGUUAUUAACCCCUCGGGGGUGGUGAUGUGGUAUCUCCGUCCCAUGGCACUCCCGGUACAACCCUGGCAUGUUGCCAGGCAGCAAGCCCCUGGUGAGGGUUUCCACCCAGCCCUUCUGUGACAGGGCCCAGUGGAUGUGGACCAGUGCCAGGGUGAACUGUGAGACCCCAAGGCACGUGGCUCUUCACUGCACAAGUGCCUUUUGCUGGUGAGCCCAGCAGUGCUGGGCAGUGACCAUCCCCUGGUACCAGCUUUAUGAUGUCUGCUCCGUCUGCAUAAACCAGGAAUUCUUGUUACCCACUGCCUAAGGGUGUGCAGAGCAUAGUGCCUCAGUGAUUGCAAAGCCUUUUGAGAUGCUCCUGUGGAAAAUGCCAUACAAGUAGAGUACACCACUACUGACGUUUGUCAGCUCUGACACCUGAGAACUUCAUUGCUUUGAGCUGGGUAUUACUGGAUGCUGCAGGGGUUGUUUGAACUACACUUGUAGAAAGGCUUUGGGUGCUUUAAUAUCUCCUAGGGUUGAGACAUCCCCUUUUCCCUUUUCCCCCAGGUGUGUGAUGGCAUUAACCUCAAGGAUUAGACUUUGUCACCUUCUUUCUUUUGCUUUUAUCAGCUUGGUUUAGAAUAAGGAGCUGCCAGCUGGGCUGCAUCCCUCCCAUGUAUCCCCCAGCAGGACCAAGAACUCUUGGAGACAUAAUGGCCCUGUGCAGUGAGGCUUUCUGCUUUCCUGCUGCCAGGAUUCCAGAGGCCAGCACUACUGCACCCUACUGUGUGUGCUAGCACUGUAUUAAAGCUCUUCUGGUAGAAGUUUACAGCAGGGCAAAAAUCUCCAUGAGCCAUGCACAACCCCAGGAGCUGUGCUGUGGUACACACCAAAAACUGCAGAGCCAUAGCACUUCGUGUAGGAGUGCUGGCAGGAAGAUGCUGAUACUCAGCUGUGGUAGUCUUUUGGGUUGGGAGUUGGUCACAGAUGCCUCCAAGCUGAAAGCUGCAUCCUUCUUUCUCUAGAAGGAAAUUUCUGCUAAAAGGAGGAUCAGAUCCUACUUCAGCAGGCUGAAAACUCAGGGUAUCUCAGGGAAAGGCUUCUUCUCCCAAAGGCUCUUGAGUCCACAUCUCUAUCCUGAGGAGGAACCUACACUAAUAAACUGGAAGUGAGCAUCA